UAUAGAAUUUAUUUUUGCUUGAAUUAUAGCAGAGAAAGUGCACCCGGGUCCUUUAUUUUGUCCGGUUAAUUCGUUUAAUUCCUCUCUAUUUGUUUGUUUGUUUGCAGAAGAAAUUAUUUGGAUGGGCGUAAAUUUAAGCUCGGUCAUAUUUUCAUCUUUAACUGUUUGGGUUUCCUCUUUAAUUAUUUUUAGUGGCUUAUCAAUUACAUAUGAGGCUCGUAAAAUGAAGAAAAUUCUUAGAAGCAUUUCGCCAAAAACUAUUAUUACCAAAAUUGUGAUUGUUCCUUUCCAGAUUUUGGACCAGUCCCCGAAUAUUUGUUUCUCUAUUUCCUCUCUAACUUGUCCCCAAGAUUCUGAAGGAGUUACUCUGGUUUCAGUGUCUUUUGUGUGA